CAAAUGUCGUUGCGUCGGGUAGUUGAGGUACAACACACCGGAACAGUAGAGCACCCGCGUACCCAAUAGAAGAAAGAAAAAAGCAAGCAGUACUGAAUAGCACAAUAGAGGGGAUUGGAGUAUGUGUGUACUGUCUUACCAUAUCGGUGCAGUGUCUGUGGCUGUAAAUGAUUAUUAUAAAUAAUUACAAGUUUUGCAAGUUGAAAAAUAUUAUUGAAGCGGUUGAAAUAACAGCAGCGGGACCGGCUCGAGCCAAGUGAUAGAACCAUUGGGUGUGUGAUGCAAUCUACGGUAAAAGGAGGGGAACAGAGAGCAGAGGCACGAAGAAGAAAAAACAUAGAGCAAUAAAAAUUACCAUUGUUUGGAUGGAUUUAUAAUUUUUAUUGUUUGCGUAAUAAAAGUAAAUAUCGAAACAGCACACAAACCCGGGGUACACUUGCGUGGCUGAAUUGGGGGAGAGAGAAGAACUUGCAGACGAAGUGUAGAUUUUCAUGUUUUGUUUUUCGUGUUGAGGGGAAACUCGAAGAAAGAAAGCGAGAAGCAGUAAAACGAGCGCCAAAACCUUUUAGUGGAAGUAAUGAAAAUUUUUGGUAAUUAUAAUCACCAAAAAUAGGAAAGAGUAAUUAAACUGUGUUAGGAAAUAUGGAAGUAAUAUUUGAACGUAUACAGAGUGAAACUUAAAUAGCUCAGACAGUGAAGAGCUGGAGGGCAAUCAUUAAAAUACGAUUAAGUGACCAACAGAAAAAAAACCUGGGAAGCUUUCAAGAUGAGAUCAGCAUAUAAACACAAAAAUAAAAAUGAAUGAAUAUGAAACAAAACAGUGCAAGAUUAUUGCCAACGAAAUUAAUAAAGAAAAAAAUAUAGGUUUUGUAUAGAAAAUACCGGAAAUGCAGUGAGAAGUGCUAAAGCUGUUUCAACGAGAUCCAAUUGCGCGCGGAAGAGCCUUUCGGAACAAAAGUGUGAGUACUCAUGUCCCACUAGAAACCAGACAUCAAGCGUCGCAAUUGUGUAUCGUUCUCAUUGCCAAAGUGCCCCCCACGGGAUGACAGAAGGACGCCGGCUGUCGAAUAUUGCGCGAAAAACAAAAACCUAAGAGACAUCUCGAAGCCACAUGGUAGGCUCAAGAAAAAAAUCGUUUUACUACCGUACUGCACAAGUAGACAAGUAGGAAUCCUGCCUUCCGGCUCCCGGAAAAGAAGAUUGCAGGUGUGUGGGUAAACAGAACAGUCUGUGCGUCCCACCUGAUAAAAACAAGUGUAUAUAUAUAAGCAGCAGGAAAUAGAAAGUUCUGCCACUCCGGGUGUGCAUGUGUUGGUGUGAUCCUGCAUCAUGUUUUGAUUAGAAUGGCCAAAGCACCCUACAUUCGAUUAUCAACGUGCGAAGUGAUGGUUCCACGUGUCGACCGCGACUGAGUGAUCACGAAAUAUAAUCUAUGAAACUUUUCAACCAAGUUAGAUCAAAUAAAGUUCAACAUGCCAUCCGAUACGCCGCCUCCAGUUCAUUCGUCACCUACUGCAUUGGACAGUUCAAACCGUCCGGCAUCGGUUCCGUCAGCCGCUAGCGGUCUGACUGGUGCCGCAUUUAAGCGCAGCAGUUUCCUAGAUAAAACGGAGCAAAUACUUAAGCCCAUAAUGAAUCAAAAUCAACAGUUCUGUCUCCGCUGGAAUAAUUAUCAAACCAAUUUGACGAGUGUGUUCGAUCAACUUCUUCAGAGCGAGUCCUUCGUCGAUGUUACGUUGGCCUGCGAUGGACAGUCAAUAAAGGCUCACAAGAUGGUGCUGUCGGCUUGUAGCCCUUAUUUCCAAACGUUAUUUUUCGACAACCCUUGUCAGCAUCCGAUAAUCAUUAUGCGCGAUGUGAAAUGGCCAGAACUGAAGGCUAUAGUGGACUUUAUGUACAAGGGAGAAAUUAAUGUGAGUCAGGAUCAGAUCGGUCCGCUUCUUAAAAUCGCUGAAAUGCUGAAAAUUCGCGGCCUAGCCGACGUAAAUGGCGAUCAGGAGUUAAACCAAAUCGAAAAUUUAGAGCCGUCGGCAAAUGUAACUGACGAAAACAAUUCCAAUAAUGAAAGCAGCAGCAGCAGUAAUUUAUCCCGUGAUACCAUCAAAACUGAGAGCCGGCUGCAUCAGACGGUUCCUUCGCACAACAACAACAACAACACGCCGAUGCACAUGGCCAAAAAGCCACGCACAGGCAGAGAUCGGGAGACCAGCCGGGAUCUUUCGGUUCGCGAUUUUCCACGGGAUCUCUCGGCCGGAUCAACCACCGAGUGGCCGCUGACGGUUGCUCUCGAUACCGUUCAGGCAUCUACGCCAAAGAACAACCGCAAGCGCCGUUGGCCCUCGGGCGAACGCAGCAGUGUCGGCAGUCCGGCCGACAGCACGCCGGACAAUCUGGAAGUUCCGUCACCGAUUCCUCCGACUCCGUCCACGCUGUCGCAGCCGCAGGUUUCGACGCCGACCUCGCUGCCGUCGUUUUCCAUUCCACCGGCGCUGGACCAGAUGGCGGGACUGUCGUCACUGGCCACCAUCACCAAUCAACAUCCGGACGAUAUGGAGAUCAAGCCGGGCAUCGCCGAGAUGAUCCGCGAGGAAGAAAGGGUAAACGAAGUUCUGCUUUUGAAGAAAUAUACUGAAAUUCAACACGCGAAACUUCUGGAGAACUCACAGGCAUGGCUAGGUGCGUCCACUUCUUCGAUAGCAGGCACACAACUACUGAAAGAAGCUGCCUGCACACCACCGACAACCUAUGCAGAAAGUUACCAGUACCAGUUGCAGUCGAUGUGGCAGAAAUGCUGGAACAGUCAGAACCUAAUCCAUCAUCUGCGCUUCCGGGAGCGUGGUCCGCUGAAAUCAUGGCGUCCGGAAACGAUGGCCGAAGCUAUCUUCAGCGUGCUAAAGGAGGGCCUAUCGCUGUCGCAGGCGGCCCGCAAGUACGACAUUCCCUAUCCGACCUUCGUGCUGUACGCCAACCGUGUCCACAACAUGCUCGGACCGUCCAUCGAUGGCGGCACCGAUCUGCGACCUAAGGGUCGUGGCCGACCGCAGCGGAUUCUGCUCGGUAUCUGGCCGGACGAGCACAUCAAGGGCGUAAUCAAAAGCGUAGUCUUUCGCGAUGCCAAAGAAAUCAAGGAAGAACCGAUCCUGUAUGGCAGACAUUCGCCAUUCCCGUUUCAAGAUAAUCCAUUGAACUAUGCACCGAAUGCUAACGGCCAGCUGCCAACCCCUGGUGCCGAAGCGAUGUCCCAGGAUGCACUGACAGCUGCAACAGUGGCCGCUGUGAGGCAGCAAAUGUGCAACAUGGUCGCUGCUGCUCAACAUCAUCCAGAAGCGGCCGCCAAUCUGGUAGGGUUCAACCUGCCACCGCAUCACACUAACCUAAGCGUCCAUCCACCGGGAAAUGCUGGCGGGUCCAGCAGUGGUAUUCCGGUUCCAAAAAUUGGCUCACCUGCCGUUCCGAAUCAAGGCCACGGUAAUAACGGAGGUAGCGGUGGAAUACAAAUACCCCGUCUAGGAUCUCCAGCCGGAUCCAGUCUACCCACCAGCAAGGAUCAUGAGCACCAUGGUCCCGCCGGCCUAUCGCACGGCAACAAUCCAAGCACCUCCAGCAACAGCAGCAACAACAGUAUCAACCGUUCUGAAUCAUCUCGCAACAACAAUCACUCAUCCAGCGGAUCCAACGUCAAUCAUCAUCAUCCGUUGGCUCACCUAAACAGCGGCAGCCUCAGCAUAACUCGUCUUAAUUCACCCGCUUCCGCUCACGAUCUCCGCAUGACAACCCCACCGACGGAGGAAAGCCCGCUAGCCUCGCCGAUGGGUUUGGCCCUGGAACCGGCCGUCAAUCUGGCGGUGGGCGGCAGCCAGAGCUCCGACAUGCACCCGCUCGGAAUGCCACCGGCCUACCAUGGCAGCAGCAAAUCGUCAUCCCGUGCCGGUUAUUCUUCCUCGUCCUCUCCGCCCCGACCGGAGCAUCUCUUCCACGAUCAGGACAUUGCCGAACUGGUGGCUACUUCGCGGGCUAGCAGCGGCGGUGGCGGAGGCGGCGGUGGCGGCGCCGGUGGUGGUAUGCCCGGCAGCGGUGGCAGCAACAGCGGUCCCUUCAGGGAGUCUCCACGGCCGGGGGCGGCCAUCAAGAUGGAACCGAUGACCGAGUGCCGCGGCGAUUAGGUCACGCAUCACGUAGCUUUAGUUUAGUUCCAAUUUGGCUAUGAUGAAGGUGUGACCGGCGGCGGUCUGGCGGUAGGCGAGGCGAAAGGGGUUUUUGUUUUCUGUUUUUUUUUUGAAUGAAAGGUGAAAACUUUGGGAAUUUUAGUUUAAUUUGUAUAUUACUUUUUGUUUCCUUACACACUCUUGCUGUAUGACUUUUACUCUUUUUCCUUUGAUUUAAGAGAUGAUUUCACACAUGUUAUUUUUGCAAUAUGUGAUAUGAUUAACUUAAAAGAGGGUAUGUUUUUAUUAAGAGGCAAGCUAAACGUAGAAGAGGGAACUUCAAGGGAGUUUUAUUUAUUUUUUACUACCGGAAUAUAACCAUUUUAGAUCGUACUAAAAAAACUAAUGAUACAAAGCUGUGUGAGAGUUGAUAAAAAUUGUGCAAUAAAAAAUUUAAGAGAAAAUUGGAUGGAACAUUCCCCCAACAAAAUGUAUUAAUUCACAAGCAGACGCGCAGCGGGUUACGUUGCAGAUUGUAGGAAGAAGUUUUUUGUUUUCUCCGUCAAUUUAAAGAAAAUUUUACUAUUUCACAUUUUCUACUUAGUUUCAACUUUGCCAUCGUUUUUCACGCACAAUCCAUGCUUUACCAGAAAAAAUACUUUACUUUUCUUACAAACAAAUCUUGUUUUAUACAAUGUAAACUUUUGCGUUAAACAAGUGCGACUUUGCAACCACGAAACGAAAAAUUCUUCCUACAUUUUGCAAACGGCUGCUUCUUAAAAAAAUAAAAAUUAACAUUUUAAUGUUCAAAAAAACCCUAACGAGACUAAGAUUAAAUUUUGAAGUUAAGUAUGGAAAAACAUGUACAAAAGCAAACCUUCUUCGGCUACAGCAACGUGAAGCGGAAGUGUAUGACUAACACAAGAAAAGAGGCGAGAAAUCUAAUAGAAAUUAAACAAACCAAGUGUAUUGAAAUACAUUGCCUUCUUGUCAAGUGGAAACACAACCUCCAUAAGUGAAAUUUAUAUAGAGAAAAACAAAAUACAUUUUUAGGCAAACGGAGAAACAAAAUUAUCGUAAAAAAUACAGCAUUUGGCCUAGACUGUAUUUUUCAAGCGGCAACAAGAUUAAGCCACCUUUUUUAUUUUAGCAAAAUGUCGGACACGUUUAUUCGUAUACGUACAGCUACGUAUUUUCGAUUGUUCGUUUUUUCCGUUAAAGAGACCAGUUUAUGUCCCCAAUUCAAAGAUGAAGAAAAUUAAUGAAGAACGAAACAUCCGAGAAAACCAAACAUCUGUUCAUAACCGAAAUCGUAUGCACACACUUUUCGGCUAACAACGGUGGUGGAAAUGCGGGUGGUAAGAAGGAUCAAAGGACACUCAUUUAUUCUUGCAAACACGUUUCGGAAAAAGUAACAUUUUCGGCAAGCAAAACAAGAAUGAUUUUAGGCAAAAUACAACAAAAGAAAAACAAGCAAACAAAAGAAACCAAACCUUUUAGAGUAGAACAAACAAAAAUUUGUAAACGUUUCGGCCAAUGUGUUCAAAAGGAAGCAAAAUUUAAAGAGAAACAAAAAGAGAGUAAAAGAAAAUAUAUUUAAAUUAAUUGAAGCAACAAAAAUUUAGAGAAAAAGUGCCUUCCACCCCUUUUUAUGAGAAGAAAUUUAAUAUAUAAAUUACUUUUUAACGAACAGAGAGGAGAACAAAGAAACCCGAUAGCGAAACAAAGAGAUCAAAUAUCGAGGAGACAAAAACAUAAACUGUUUAUAUCUUUAAAAGAAAUUUUAAAUUUGGAAGUAAGUCAAAAUUUAACCGUUUCGGAAAUUGUUGUUAGCUUUUAUGUUGGAAGAGAAAGCCGCAGGCGGACCAACCAAGGCGGACUUUCUCGAAAGUUUUUUGUUUAUUUCUGUUGGAAGGAAAUUUCGUUGCCAAUGUGAGAGGUUGUGUCAUCUAAUCAAUUUUUCUAGGUGUGCACUGUGAAAUCCAAUGACAGAAAGAAAGAAAAAAAAAGUUCGUACGAAGGAUGUUAACGAACUAACAACAAACAACAACAAACAGCUUACACUUACCCACACAUAUUGCAACCGAUACAAUGCACCCACGCUAGAAAGCAGUUAAAAAAACAAAAGCAAAAUAAACCGGAGAAAAACAAAAGAAAUAGAACUUACGCAACAACAGGAAGCCUGAUUUCUGUCGUCUUCACCCAAACUGAGCAAAUUAUCGCAGCAAAACAUACUAUUGAUGUAUUAUAAUAACACGAAACCAAAACCAAAACACACAUAGAAUAAAUUCAUUGCAGAGGACUAAGUAAACUUAAUGACAGUGAAUCAGUACCGUCUUGAUCCAUUGCACUUUAUGCUUGCGAGCAGACUCAUUUAACGGAUACAAUUGAUCCACAGACUGUUGAUCGCUUAAACCGUGAAAGAAGGACGUAAAACUCGGAACUUGCAAAAGUAAACAGUAAAUAAUUGAAACUCUUUCACUGCAAGUCAAGUCAACAUCGAACCAGGUUGCUUGAUCUGACAUUAUUGCUUACUAUGAUCUCGAAACAUUAUUUGUUGGAUUCUUGAAAUGACUUAUCCUAUUUUUCAACACAAACCAAUUGGCAUGCGUACAGUGUAAGUUGAGCAUUAAAUUUCUGAAACAUCACAAAACUGCAAGGGCCUAUUAAGGACAAAAGGAAUAAUAAAAAAUACCUGUAAAAUGAAACAGAACCAGCCGGUUGCCAAAGAUGGCAAUUUUCGCGAUCGAUCAAACCAACCAAUAUCAAAUCCAUCUCCGGACAGUAAUGCAGCUCGCAUUUAUCUUAGUUUUUGCACUUCUAGUUUCCGAACAAAAGCGAAAAAGAAAACUACAAAACACAGUCCUCAAUCUUCCCGUAAUUGAUUCGUGUUCUCGCGUCCAGAGAGGAUUGUGUAAAUCCGUUCUGCCUUGGGACUCUAGGUUAGUGAUUUUACUUUCAGGCUAUCAAGCUCCGCGGAAACCACACACGGGCUUCAAUCAAAUGCAGACCAGACAAUGGUUAACCCCUAAAACACGUUAUACUUACGGAACGAACUGUUAUCACUAGAUUAUAUUUUCCUUCCCAUGUAUAAACGCUCUUACACGCAAGAUGCAAUAGUUUUUUGUUGACUGUAUUCAAACUGUAAAUUUUUUAUUAAAUAAUUAAACACUACUGUAAUUUAUUAACCUAACAUUACCAGUACAUUAAGUAAGCAAAAUAGAUCAAAACCGAUAGCAAAAAAAGAAUCGAAAGAGAGACAGCAAAACAAUAGCAAAUAAACUGCGCCACCAAAUGAAUCAAUUCAAUUAGAGAAAAAUAAAACAAAAACUAACUUCAUGCCCAAAUUUGUCUAAACUAAUUUAUUAUACCUUCAAUAAUAUACAUUGUAUGUUUUUAACGCCUCGUAAAUCCUAUUUAGAGAGAAUGUGGUUUUCUGUUUUUAGUUCGUAACGGAACAAGCCUAGCUGAUUUUAUUCGUUCAAAUGCGCAAAAAACACAGCAAAGCUUGCAGCAUUCAGCAUUAUGUCUUCUCCGAACAAACAAACAAACAAACAAAACCGUAAUCCAUUUAGAGACUCCUGCUGGAAGAAGCAAACAAGGGCAGAACAGAAAUGAGAAGGAAUUAACAUAAUUUAACGAAACGAAUGAAGAAAAAAAUACAAGAAAGAAAACAAAUCAACCAACAGAUAGUAGAAGAAAAAAGGAAACAUUAAACUAAAAAUAACAAUGGAUAAGAUUACAAAGGAUAAAAAUCGUGGACAAGAUAAAAAAACAAAACAAUUUAUCAAUAAUCAUUAGUUGGCUAUUUGUCACAGUGUACCAAUUUAUUCGAUAUGAAAUAUAGUUUAAAAUAAUGCA